AUGGCACAAUCAGAUAUCAAGAAGUAUGGAGUGAAACCACAGAUGCCUGAUCAGACUUUCCCCAGUGCCUGGAAACUCCUGCUCCAAGAUGGCUUUUCAGAGCAAGUGCUACACCGGGUAAAAGGAGAGUCUGGUGCUCCACCCCCCAUCAAUUGUUUGCUUAGCCACUGGAGUGAAUGGGGAUCAUGUAAUCCAUGCGGCAAAGAAAGUUAUCGCUCAAGAAGUGUCUUGAAAUAUGGACAGUUCAGAGGGAAGCCAUGCUUUGAACCUCUGGGUGACAAACAGAGCUGUGUAACAGACCAAGUUUGCCCUGAAGAAGAAAUUGACUGUGGAGAGGAGGAGGAUAACUUCCAAUGUGCUAAUGGAGUCUGCAUCAAACAAAGAUUGGUGUGUAACACAGACAAUGACUGUGGAGAUUUCUCUGAUGAAGCUAACUGUAAUGACACCAAAUCCCGCCCGCCCUGUCGUGGUCGCAUUGUUGGCAUAUCAAAAAUUGGAAGAAAAGCUGGCCAAGGACUCAACAUUCUAGGAAUGAGACCAAAGGGUACUCCAUUUUACAAUGAAUUUUAUAAUGGUUUUUGCAACCGGGAACGUGAUAGGAAUACAGGGAUCUAUUAUCGUACACCAUGGAAUGUUGCAGUUAUCAAUUAUAGAACGAAUGAAGACAGACGAUUCUCAUCUGGGGAGUAUUCAGACAAGGUGGCUGCAAUGAGAAAGAUGUUCACAGAGGGAAAACAGGAUUUUCAGUCUAGCCUUUCUCUGAAAUUCAUCCCUACUGAGACUCAGACUAGUACAUCAAUAGAACUCAGUCCUGGUUUGAGUGCUUCCACAAACACAAACAUCAGUCGCUUCUUGGAAGUGUCUAGUGAAAGGGAGCAAACCUUUCUAUACCUGAAAGGAACCAUAGAAGUGGGAACGUACAUAAUGCGAAACCGUGACGUUCGGCUGACUGACACGUUCCUUGAGGAUUUAAAAAAUCUGCCCAGCAACUACGACAUGGGAGAAUAUUUUAGAUUUCUGGAAACAUACGGAACUCACUAUACAGAAAAGGGAAAGGUCGGGGGAAUAUAUGAACUACUGUAUGUCCUGGACAAGCGGAAUAUGAGAGAGGAAGGAGUCACAGUAGAGAAUGUAAAGGCCUGCCUGGGAUAUGAUGACAUGGUCCGUUUUGCAAUGCAAAUGAACAACUCAACUGGACGAGCCAUUAUCCACAGUGUGAUCGCUCGAGUUCAAGGAGGGAUGAGUGUUAUCUUAGCAGAGCUGGAGGAAAAGUUAUCAAGAGGUGCCAAGCUUGUCAAUGCAAAGGACUUCAUACGGUGGGCUGCUACCCUCACCAAAGCUCCAGCCCUCAUAGACUAUAUACCACAUCCAAUCUAUACUCUCGUACCUGUGAAGAUGCCCAAUGCCCAUACAAAGAAACAAAAUCUGGAGCAAGCCGUGGAGGACUAUGUUGCUGAAUACAAUGUGUGCAAAUGCCAGCCCUGCCCAAACGGAGGGACUGUGAUACUGGUGAACGGAGAGUGCAUUUGUGCGUGUUCACCCUAUUUUAAAGGAAUGGCCUGCCAGAUACCCAAAUAUGAGCAAAUAACAGCACAGACAUUCACUGACGGAGGCUGGAGCUGCUGGUCUAGCUGGUCCCCUUGUGUGCAAGGAGAACGCACUCGGACACGGGAAUGUAAUAAUCCAGCACCUAAAUCAAGGGGCAGGCACUGUGAAGGCGCUGCCUUAGAAAGACGACGCUGCACCUAGGUGUCUGAUUAGACAGCGGAUACAGCCUGAAUACCACGCAGAUCUGCA